AUGCGUCAGAGCAUGCUUGGUAUCUCUCCUUCAGGAUGGCCGCCGGGGCAAUCGCCAGCUCAAGCGUUUCUGUCUUCACCUGCGAUGGAAUCGCCUGGUCAAAUUGGCCAUUCUCACCCGAGGCCGGAGAGCCCAUGCUAUGAUCAGCAAUCCACUUUCUAUGAAGUGGUGAAAAUACUGCAGAACCUCGUCUCGGUCGGGUUGGAUCAGAGACAAAUCUCUUAUCUUUGCAAACCGGCAAACUUCAAUCAGCUCGGAACCCUCGCCAAUACGGAUGCGGAUGUCACUCAACGUGCAUGGGAUCUUGUAUACCAGAGGCUUCCGGGAUCGAAACCACGGAAACUAUCUCGUGGCUCAUCUAUCCGUUUCCCGUCUGGGGUUUCUAGUCUUAGGUCCAACCGGUCCAACCGGUCCCACUGGUCCGCCUCUACAGACCUGAGCACUUCGACAGCCGAAUCGUACACCUCGGGAUCUGGAAUCUCAUUUAAAGGACAACAUCAAGCUCCGGCUUGGGAUACUGCCCCAGGGGAGAUUGAUGCAACGAUCUCGUCGGACCCGGCCAUCCUUGUGAACGAUACCACGAUGGCCUUCAACGCAACCAAUUUCGAGCAGCCUCAGUGGCAGGACUUCAAUCAAGCCGCAAAUCCAUCAGGUUCCGUUUCUGUAUAUCGGCCACAUCCUCUUGUGGAUGUUUCUGGUAUUUCUGGUGUUGCCAAUGUCUCUUACGCCGCACCAAACUUUGCCAGCUCCUACAAGUACCUCGCAGGUGGAUACACAAGCCAAGACAAUAGACCAUCGGUUGGCGACACUGAUUCGACUCAUCAGUCGAGCCGCGAAGGGAUUCUCGGAAAGGACCAGAUCAAGUAUCCCUGUCCGGAGCCAGGUUGCAAGAGGUGGUACGUCCGCUCAGUCGAGUUGGCGAAACAUUUGCAAGGUGACCACGAAAAGAACGACGUCUUCGUUUGUCAACAUGAUCAAAAAUGCGACAAGCAAACACACCGGCACGCAACCUGGGCACGACACCACAGCAAAGACCACAAUUCAUGCAAAAAGGGUGAUGCUUGUGUAAAGAGCACCAACGAUGGGAAGAAACGCUACUGGGGUUGUUAUAUGUGCAUCCACUUGUCGAGAGACGUGUCCUCUCAUGCCGAUCACCAUCAAAGCCAUUUCAGAGACGGCACCGCGCAACCUCUGAAAUAUUCCACCAUGAUCCUGAGCUUGCUUUCACAGGAAGCGACCAAGGGCAAAUGGCAGGCACACUGCUUGACGAUGAACAUCUCAAUCGGAGAUUACGACUUUGGAUGGCAGCCCGCUCAGUACAAGGAGAUUCGCAUGGCACUCGAAUAUGGGAAAUACCGCGGCUCUGAUAUUUCCGAUCCUUUCGUCGCAGAUUGGCUGCUCAACGAGCUGGUUGCCUUGAUGUCUGGUGGGCAGACACGGCCUGAAUGUGCUACCCCCCAUCCCGGCAGCCUCCCUAAUGCAGACGACUCGUGGCUCGAUGUCAAUCCUCGAAACCGCACCUUCUUUUUGGAUACAACCGAUGCUGAGUUCACUGAGGGCUUCUGA